UUUGUAAUUUAUUUCCGCAUCACGCGGUUAUUGUACUGUGCAGUUGAAUAGGUACAUAAUUAAAGUAUAUAAAUGGCACCCAGGUAUACCCUUUUACCACAUGAUUUAAGUACUGUAACACACUUAGGAUACUUCAAGUUGAAGAGCUCAAAUAAACGAUGAUGCGUUCUGUAAUAUUCGGAUGUCUUUUGGCAACAUCAUUAGCUCUCCAGACUGACCGAGAUUAUGAGUGGAAGGUAUAUAAAUCUGGAUAUGGAAAACAGUACGAGCCUGUAGAAGAGAAAAUUCGACGAUAUAUAUGGGAAAGUAACAUGGACUACAUAGAACGACAUAACGUGGAGGCCGAACAGGGACUUCAUACAUUCACUCUAGGCAUGAAUGAAUAUGGUGACAUGACGAGCAGCGAAUUUGUUGACGUAAUGAACGGCUACAAACAAAACGCUACAUUUAACGUAUGCAAACGCUAUUCGCCACCAACGGAAGGCAUGACGUCAGGUCCGGAAUAUGUCGACUGGAGAAAAAAGGGCUACGUCACAAACGUAAAGAAUCAGGGACAAUGCGGUUCAUGUUGGGCAUUCUCAGCAACCGGGUCCCUCGAGGGACAAAACUUCAAGAAAACUGGUAAACUGGUGUCCCUUUCUGAGAAGAAUCUCAUGGACUGUUCCAAACCAGAAGGAAACAUGGGCUGCCAUGGCGGAAUGAUGGAUAGAGCAUUUGCUUACGUCAUCAAAAAUAAUGGGAUUGAUACGGAGGACUCAUAUCCAUAUGUCCCGAAGGAAGGACCAUGCAUGUUCAAGCGACAGAACGUUGGUGCAACGGCAAAAGGUUGUAAAAAUAUAAGGUCAAGGUCUGAGCAAGAUCUGCAGGCUGCAGUGACAUCUGAAGGUCCUAUCUCGGUCGCCAUCGAUGCCAGCCAGAGAUCGUUUCAAUUAUACAGACAUGGGGUGUACAAUGAAUGGAGGUGCUCUAGCUCUAGCUUCAAACUUAAUCAUGGUGUUCUUGUUGUCGGCUUUGGACGAGACAUGGCUACAGAUUACUGGAUAGUCAAGAAUAGCUGGGGAAAAAGUUGGGGACAAGGUGGCUACAUCUGGAUGUCGAGGAACAAGAACAACCAAUGCGGAAUCGCCACAGAAGCAACCUUUCCUAUCAUGUAAUCUGAUUGGACAAUCUAUUUUCGUGGAAGUAACGUAACAUCUGAUUGGAUAAAACUUUCUUAAUUUUGAUUGUUCAUAUUUAAGAAGGUACCAAAACCAUGUUCAGACCAGAAUAUGUAAACUUUUUAGAAACUGACUUUUUAUUACUUUGAAGUAUGAUAAUUUUGUAUCUAAACUCGACUCUUUUCCAUGGGAAUAUCUAUUGCAACAUUGUAUAAAGGGGCUCCACUGAGGUCUUGAAGGGGCUCUUAAAACAGAACGAUAUGCAAAAGAUUAUUAAGAAAUUUUCGCAGAAAUAAAUUGAAUAUCGUAUUUUAGCUCUCUACUUAGUCCGUUUUAGGUAAAUGCGCUGCGACGCUUUUUCAAACUUGGGUCAUUUUUAACAAUUUGAAUAAUUAUUCCGGGAAAAUAAACGACGUGAGUUAACGAUAUGAAAUUUUGCACAAGGGUUAUUGGUCUAGACAUACAUCAAAUGGAAAAUCUUUCACGGAAAAUUAUUUCCAGGCCCACCAUGUCAAACAACCACAGUGGAGUCCCUUAAAUUCUUUCACUUCUCAGAUAUGGUUUUGGAAUUAUUCUUUUUUUGGUAAUAUUAUUAAUAAAAGAUAAAUAAAAGUAAAAA